AUGGUUCUGAGAGAAGGGCUGAGAUGGUUAUGGAUCUUAGGUCUCUGCCUCGUAGCCAGUAAUUCUCUCAGCCUCCCAUCCAUCAGAGACCGGGAGUUUAUACAACAGUGUGUUGACAUUCACAACGAAAUGCGGGGCAAAGUCUCGCCCCCAGCAGCCGACAUGAAGCACAUGGUUUGGGAAGUCAAGUUAGCAAAGCUUGCCAAAUCAUGGGCAGAUAAGUGCAAAUAUGAACACAAUGUCUGUUUACCAAAACGAUAUGGAUGCCAUCCAGAUUUUGACCAUGUUGGAGAAAAUAUCUGGUUAGGUUCAUUAAGAAUAUUUUCACCAAGAUCUGCUGUUAUUGGUUGGUAUAAUGAAACCGCUUUUUAUAAUUUUGAUACGUUAUCAUGUUCCUCACUUUGUAGCCAUUAUACACAGGUAGUUUGGGCCACUUCAUAUAAAGUUGGUUGUGCAGCUACUAUGUGUCCUAACCUUGGAAAAUCUCAAACUGUGAUAUUUGUAUGCAACUAUUCACCUGCAGGGAAUUAUCUAAAUCAACCCCCUUACACUAAAGGCAAAUUCUGCUCUAUGUGUGAAGAAAAAGAAGUUUGUGUAAAGAAUCUCUGCAGUAAGCAAAAAAAGAAAAAAGCAUAG